AUGUGGCUCUUCCUCGCCCUGCUCGGCGUCGGGCCGGUGGCGGCAGAUCUGCCGGUACACUGCCUUCGCCAUCAGAUGCUGGGGCGGUGGCAUUUCUUCUUAGGCCCGCCACAGGAGGAGCGCUCCGCCUGUGGCCACCAGCGGCCGGACCGCCCGGAGCAGCAGCCGCCCCGAAGCGUGGCGAACGCCAGCGUCUGGGAGGUGGAGCUGCUGAGCCCGAACGUGGCCCACUCCAACGGAUCUCGGGGCCGAUGGACGAUGAUCUACGACGAGGCGAUGGAGGUGCAGGUCAAUGGCCUCUCCUUCUUGGCCUUCUCGCGUUUUGAGCUUGGAGAGGGCGGUGCCAACGUUUCGCUCUGUGGCGAGACGCAGCUGGGGUGGUACCGCGAUGAGCCGGGCAGCCGCUGGGGAUGCUUCUACGGGCUCAAGAUCGAGGACCAGCCCUCCCCCGGUCCGGCGGGUCUGGCGCGCGACUCCCGGCGCGCGGGUGCCGGCGCGCCGCUGGAUGCGUCGGAGCAUUGGGUCUUCGUGGGCGCGUUGAACCUCCUUCAAGAUGCUUGGAAGGCCACCGUCUACGAUCGGUUCGUGGGGAAGACUUUGCAGGAGCUGAAUGCCUUGGCCGGAAUCUUCCGGCCCUUUACACGGCAAAAGAGCAGGGAGGCGGAUCCCGACUUCGGCGCGCCCAGCUUCCUCCGGCGGGCGCGGCGGCGCUCCAAGGCGGUGAAGGGCCGCAGGCCGCUUCCCACGCAAUGGGACUGGCGCAACGUCUCGGGAAGGAACUUCUUAGACGAAGUCAUUGACCAAGGGACCUGCGGCUCUUGCUACAUGGUGGCGACCACCCACAUGUUGGCUGCGAGAUACCGCAUCAAGCACGAUCCCCACUUCGAAGGCUUUUCCUUCAACUUCCCACUCUUCUGCUCGGAGUACAACCAGGGCUGUGAUGGCGGCUACGCCUUCCUGGCGGCGCGCUGGGCCUCAGACGUGGGCCUUGUGCCGAAGAACUGCAGCGUGGAGGAUCCGCAGGGCCUCCUGCAGCGCUGCGAGCUGCGCUGCGCGCCGCAGCAGCUCUCGCACUCCUGGCGCGCCGUGAACCACCACUACGUGGGCGGAUACUAUGGUGCGGCCAGUGAGGAGGAGAUGAAGCAAGAACUGGUGGAGGAUGGACCUUUAGUCGUCUCCUUUGAGCCUCAGAGCCUUGGGUCUGCAAGGAGUGACCUGAUGUACUACAGCGGUGGCAUCUACUCCAGUGUGGCACAUGGGCAGCGUGCGGAGUGGGAGCCUGUGGACCAUGCCGUCUUACUGGUGGGCUAUGGAUCCGAAGAUGGUAGAAAAUAUUGGCUGCUACAGAAUUCUUGGGGCCACGACUGGGGCGAGGAUGGCUUCAUGCGCAUGGCCCGUGGCAUCGACGAGAGUGGCAUCGAGUCCAUCGCCGAGGCCGCGGACGUGGAGGUCACGUCCUCGCCCAGGCCGAGCGAAACGACCGCGCGCGCGGAGACCGCGGACCGCGGUCUCUGGGUGUAG